AUGGAUAAAGAUUUGCGAGAUACUUUCAGCUCAACAAAUGUUGAAGACGUUGUCCUGGACUUUCAGAACUUGAUGCAUUAUUGCGCUCUGGAUGUGGAAGCCACUUUUGCUGUCGCUCAAAAACUAUACCCCCAGUUCCGAGCGAAGACUCCGCAUCCCGUUUCGUUUGCGGCGCUCAAACUGUUGGGCUCGCUUGUUUUGCCUACAACGAAAAAAUGGAACAACUACAUCGAAAGCGCCGAAAAAGUGUACGACGAAAACCGAAACGCUGUAUCUUCGAUUUUGAAAGAGCGUGCCAACGAACUUAUCCGCUUUAUUGAAGAGCAAAACGACCUGCUCAAACCAGACUACGAAAGCGAUCCAUGGCUCAAACAGCUAAACUGGACAUUGAAAGCCCAACGAUUGAAGAAAGACGGUUCACCUUAUGCCAAACAAGCUUUCCUCACAGGAUAUCCCGAAUGGUAUCGGGAUCUAUUCAAAACGUCUUCAGAGACAGGCCAGAAAGAAAUGAAUCUCAGCGUCCGAUCUCGAAUUACACCUUUGCUUUUACGCUUGAAGUGGGAGGGAAAUCCUCUAAUCUGGACAGAGUCUGCAGGUUGGUGCUUCAAAGUACCCUUUACAGAUGAGAAAGUCGACGAAAUGCUUUCAAAAAAUUACACAAAGGCACAACUUAGCGAAGAGGAUUUCGAAAGUUUGCUCCCUGAACUUCGUGAUGGCUAUCAGCCCUACGAACUCUUUAAAGUACCUCAUCCAGAUGGACCGAAAAAGCGGUGUACGCUCAUCAUGUCAAAGAGCUAUUUACGUUACUUUGAGAGUGGCGUGUUGACUUCCGAAUAUGAUUAUGCCAAGGAGAUUUUGAACUUGAAUGCAACUGCAUCGUAUUGGAUGGGUAACAGAGCCCGUAUUCUUGACCAGUUUGUGGUAUUUGCGGAUCCAAAAGCAGAAAAAAACAACUUCUUUGGUACGAAAAAGCAGCUGAAAGAACACAAAGAUAUGGGGAUCAUUUUACCAAAACUUUGUACCAUGGGAACUAUCACCAGACGGGCAACAGAAAACACGUGGCUCACAGCUUCCAAUAGCAAAGCCAACCGGAUCGGAUCGGAACUUAAGUCAUUGAUAGAGGCACCAAAAGGUUAUGUAUUCGUUGGUGCUGAUGUGGAUUCAGAAGAACUUUGGAUUGCUUCUCUCAUUGGAGAUUCAAUGUUCAAGAUCCAUGGAGGAACUGCUUUAGGCUGGAUGACGCUAGAAGGUGACAAAAACCAGAAGACCGAUUUGCACUCAAAAACUGCAGACAUUAUGGGAAUCCUGAGAAAUGACGCUAAAGUCUUCAACUACGGUCGUAUUUACGGUGCUGGUGUGAAAUUUGCCACUCGUCUUUUGAAACAGUGCAAUGCUAAUCUUAGCGACGCUGAAGCUGAGCGACUUGCCAAAGAGUUGUACGAGAAAACAAAAGGGCUUGCAAGCCAUUCGAAGAUUUUCAAGCGGCGUGUUUAUCACGGUGGAUCAGAGUCGGUGAUGUUCAAUGCCCUCGAAGCCAUUGCAUACCAAGAGCAUCCUAGGACACCAGUCCUUGGUGCUUCAAUCACAGACGCACUCACGCAGAAAUACUUGAACAAGAACAACUACUUAACGUCACGUAUUAACUGGACCAUUCAGAGCAGUGGGGUGGAUUACCUCCAUCUCCUUAUUGUUUCCAUGGACUACUUGAUCGAGAAGUUUAAACUAGAUGCGCGGCUCAUGAUUACAGUGCACGACGAAGUUAGAUACAUGGUGAAGGAAGAGCAAAGACUCAUGUGUGCAUUGCUUCUCCAAAUCAGCAAUUUGUGGACAAGAGCCAUGUUUUGCGAGCAAUUGGGCAUCAAGGAACUUCCACAGUCUUGUGCAUUUUUUUCUGAGGUUGACAUUGACUUUGUCUUGAGAAAGGAGGUGGGAACAGAAUGUAUCACACCUUCGCAUCCAGAUCCUAUUGCGCCAGGAGAGUCUUAUGACAUCAUCAAGUUACUCGACAGUUUUGAUUAUGCCAGUGCUCUUGCAGAGCGCAAACUGUCGUUGACGAACAUUAAGAGUUUCAACUACCGUUCAAGAAGGUCUGUUAUUGAGAGCUUGGACGAUGAGGCAAACACUGACGUGAAGAUUGGAAAGUUGCGUUUGCAAAAUUCGGUCACAAAGGAUGAGUGGAAAGCAAACGUUGGAAACUUAAUGAGACAAUCAAGGCUUUACAUGGAAGCGCCAAUACAACCAAGCAAGCCAGAGAAAACAGCCAAACCCAGGAGCAAAAGAAAGAAUGAAGUAGACACCAAUAGCCCUAAGGAUACAAAGGGACAGAAACCGAACAGCGACAAAAAAUUCAGCAAGUCCAUGAAACCUAAAAGACAGGUUGAUGAAGAUGACUAUUUCAUGAGCCAAGACGGCGAUGAAGUUUUGAGAAGAGAAAUCGAAGAGUCUAUUGCUAAGCUGGGGAAAAGCUGGCCCUCUAUGGGUAGCUCUGCGUUCAAAAAUGAUCCUAUGUCCACUUGGACGGGCGAGAGCAUAAUUUUUCGGGCCAAAAGCAAACAGACUGGGCUCAAUCGAGUCCCAGUUGCAAAGUAUCUGAGUUUGAAUCUACUGGGUUCCAGCCGCAAUGGGCCAAUUGCUACUUACAAUAUGUUCUCGACGAGAAAGGUGAACAAACCUUCCCACACUUUGACAUCUAAUUACUCGGCCAUAGACGAGAAGAAGUUGGAUUCCAAUUUCAGACGACGAUCGCAAGCAGAAUUGAAAGGAGAUGUACGGCGACGACGACGACGAACGUGA